AUGUCAUCGUCAUCUUCUCUGCUCCCUCACGCCGUGCGAGCGUCCUUCUGGCGUGGUGGUACCUCCAAGGGCAUCUUCCUCACGCUUUCAGACCUGCCUGAUUGGCUUCAGACCAGUCUCGCCUCAAAUGUUCAGUCUGGCACUGCUCAGUUUAGAAGAAUGGAAGCGUUCUUUGCCACGAUCAUGGGAUCACCGGACCCAUACGGUAGACAGCUAAAUGGGAUGGGAGGGGGCAUAUCGUCCCUCAGUAAAGCGAUGGUGGUUGGUCCCUCAAACCAACCAGAUGCUGAUAUCGAUUACACCUUCUUCCAGAUAGGCAUCAAUGAUGGAAGGCUCGAUAUGGCUGGUAAUUGUGGCAAUCUGACUGCUGCAGUUGGCCCUUUUGCGCUCUAUGCCGGCCUCUAUGAGAAGAUUCCAGGCAGCGAGAGUCAACCGCACGCCGUUCUCGAGAGUGAGUGCAUUACCCUGAGAAUGAGGAACACAAAUACAGACAAAAUCAUCCAGUCCGAUUUCCAAGCAUGUCGAGUCAACGGGCACUGGCAAUACCUCGAACUAGGAAACUGUUCCAUCGACGGUGUCCCCGGGACAGGGUCGACCAUUACUCUAUCAUUCCUUGACCCAUCGGGCUCCAAGACCGGAACUGCACUGCCGACAGGCAACCCAAUUGAUGAGAUUGAAGUCGGAAAUCAUGUCAUUCAGGCGUCACUUAUCGACGUCAGUAACCCUGGAAUUUUCGUCGAUGGGAGUGAGAUUGGUUGGCGGGCAAAUGCCUCGCCUGAGGAACUUAACGUCGAUCAGGCACUACUGGACAAGCUCGAGACGAUCCGCAGAACGGGCGCGGAGAUGAUGGGUCUGGAUCCCAACAUCAGCAGCAUACCCAAGAUCGUCCUGCUUUUCCCAACCACUACUGAGGACGGUGGGGACCUUGCUUGCCAGGCUCUGUCCAUGGAGCAAGCCCACAAGGCCGUUCCCGUGACACUCGCCCUGAAUUUGGGGGUGGCUUGCAAAAUGCAUGGCACUAUUCCGGCAAAGCUGUCCAGGCACCUGCAUCCCUCCAAUACGGUGAUCAGUCAUCCUUCGGGAACGCUGGAAGUGGGAGCCUCUAUCGAGUAUGGUGAAGUACACAGCGCAAAGUUAAUUAGAACUGCUCGAUGCCAUAUGGAUGGAUUUGUGAAUAUCCUGAGAGCAGAAGAGGACGAAGUGUCUUGA